AUGAACAUGGAUGAACAAUAUGGGGUAACAAUCACAGUUGGAAUGAUUUUGAGCAGAGGAACGAUAAGAUCGGUAGUUAGGAGGUUGCUACUGACGCUCAUUCACCUGCUCAUUUCAAUCGCGCUGGACGCCUUCAUACAGCUGUUUUUCGAGAUCAUCACAUUUGAGAAAUAUGACAGAGUACAUCAAUUCGAAUGGGACGUUUUCAUCGUUCGGGCUAUCUUUUCUGUUUUCAUAUUCUUCUACGUUCUCACACCUAAAUGCAGCAUGAAAGAGAUUGUCUUACAUUCCUACAUGCUGACCCUGCUACUCUAUUUUAUUUUUCCAGUUUAUUGGAGCAAAUUUAUCGGUUGGAUCCACGGAAUGAUAACUUAUUUUCUGAACGCAGCUGUGUUCAUAAUAAAAUUCGGCUUAUACCAUCACAGUGAAGUGACUGUUUAUUAA